AUGACUUUAUACAGGGUUGGUAUAAAUUAUUGCACAUUGUUCAGAAGGGAACUAGCAGAUUACAUCAGCAUUGUUAAUGUCAAUUCCUUUAAAGGUGGUAACUGUAGAUGGAAAGCUUUUGCCAUAAAGCUAAAUGCCUUCUUAAACCUUUUGGUCAAGUACCUUGAUUCGGAAUAUAGGAAGAGCUCUUCUGUUGAGGUGGAUGCCUGCAGCAAAAGCACUACAUCAUCUGAGGGUGCCGCCCAUACCCUGCUUAUCCACGGCCCCGUCGAGCUCAAGAGAGGCUGGAGGAGGCAGAAGCGGCACCUCUUCUUAUUCAGCGAUUUCUUGCUGGUGUCCGAUACCAAGUAUAAGAAAAAACUUAAGAUAAAAAAGAAAAUACCACUGAACACCAUGUGGACUGCCAACUGUAUGGACAGAGUGGAGGAUGCCAACAUCUGUGCUGGGAGGUCCUUUAUCCUGGGCUGGCCCACGGUGACCUUUGUGGCCACCUUCGGUUCUUCGGAACAAAAGGAAAAAUGGCAUUCUUUCCUUCAAAGGUACAUCAAUCUGGCCAAAGAGAAGGACCAGCCCAAAAGCAUUCCUCUCAGAAUCUUCACUGAGGACAUCAAGAACUGUGCCUGUUCUGUAACAGUAACAAAUUCAGACACAGUGAAUGACAUUAUCAACAUGUCACUACCAAUGCUAGGAAUAACUGGCUCUGAGAAAGACUACCAGCUGUGGGUGAGUGCUGGCAAGGAAGCGUCCCCACACCCACUCACUGGACAUAAACAUCCCUAUGGAAUUAAAAUGAGCCAUCUUCCAUCUACCACACUGCUGCCGCAGACACCAGAGGACUCCAUCUCUCCUUCCACCCUCCAGGAGUCCCUCCUUCUGGAGCAGGGGUUCGCAGAGAUGCAAGGCCGGUUCAUCCUGAAGCCCAGGCACCCGGCGCAGAAUGAGCAAGGGAGAGAUUACAGGCAGAAGACAGUUAAAAGCGGUUUUUUCAGAGACUGGGCCUGUUGUCUGGGCUCCAGCACUAGCCAGGACAGCCAGUGCACAACCCCACCUUCUUCAAAGCCAGGACAGCUCUUUGGAGUUUCCCUCAUGGAUGUGUGUAAUAAAGACAACUUGCCCUUCCCAAUCCUGGAUAUGCUUUCCUUUAUUAAUCAAAAAGGGUCACUCACAGAAUGCAUCUUCAGCAAAUCACCCAAUAUAAAAUCAACCAGGGUCCUAAAGGAGAAACUAAAUUCUGGGGUCAAAGUGGACCUGUACAGCGAAUCUGUUCAUGUGGUCGCAUCCGUCUUAAAGGUAGGGAAGGUUCUAGCAUUAUCCACACACGAGUAACUGAAGCUAUGAUUGGUGUCUUUCAUCAUGACUGCUCAAGAACCAUAAUGGGCAUAAUAGAUUAAGAACCUGACAAGCUGAAAAACGCUUGACAAAAUCAAAAUUUAAGGAAGCUACUUUAGGAGUUAAAAGCCCCAUAUGUUAGAAAUUCUUUCUGUUUUCACCACACACCGCCUACCCUGCCUUCACUCCUGAAGUCGCCAUGCAAAAUACUAAUACUGAAAUGACUACUAGUCAUGAUAAUAAAUUUCAAAAUACGCACUGACACAUACACACUGUUUACCCAUGCAAACAUUCUCACCACCCUCCUAGUGAAGGCAAAGUUUCCAAAAGAAAUAGAACAGGGAAAGAAUUUAAUCCAUCCACCUUGGCACUUAUGAACAGCUCUGAACAACCCUAUGUUAACGUAGUAAUGACUACAGUCUUAGAAUCUCAGUCACAUUUGGUUUUCCCUUGUCCCCCAUUAAUGUUUGAAGAUGUGAUCAAUAGCAAAGUCCAGAAAUGACUUAGGUAACCACUCCUACACUGGGGCUCUAGUGAUAUCCAGUAGUAAUAUACAUAUAGAAGAAUGCUGAUACAUUACGUAGCAAGAUGAGUGUUGCCCUCUGUAAGGUGAGCACAUGGAAUCGAUUUUCUAGCAAGAGUUAGGAGGUUCCGGGCGCCUGGGUGGCUCAGUUGGUU